AUGUCAGCCAUAUCUUCUGCCGAUAAAAUUUUUCGUAUUCGCAUUUUCAAAUGCGACUACUAUGUUGGAACUCCUGUUCCAUCGUUUGAUUCUGUUUUCAGUUUGACGUCUGGUCACAACCUUGAAUUUGUUCCUGUCGUACGUGUAUUUGGCAGCACUCCAAGCGGUCAGACAUGCUGUCUUCAUGUCCAUGGCGUUUUGCCUUAUUUUUACAUCCGCAGCUUUACACCGAAUGCUCCUCCAUCGCUUCUUUCAAAGCUUUGUGUAGAGAUCGAUGAUGCUCUGAGGAAAACAGGCUUGAAACUUCGUCCGGGACAUUCGUUUGUUCACGGAGCUACCGUCUGUCAUCUCGUUCCGUUUUAUGGAUAUCAUGCUGCCGAGGAGGAAUUUUGGAAACUAACUUUCUGCAGUCCUUCAGUUUUGAAAAAAGCUUCGGAUCUGUUACAAGAAGGACGCAUAAUGGACACGUUGGCUAGUCCUUAUGAAUUGCAUAUUCCUUACUUGCUUCAGUUCAUGGCGGACUACGGCUUGUACGGAAUGGACAUGUUAAGUGUGAAAGAUCCAGAAUUACGCAUAUCACAGGAAUUUUACGGUCCGGCAUAUACCAUAAAGUUUGGCUCGCGGCAGCUGAACAAGAGAGGCGAAGGGUGGAGUGAUGGCAUCGACCAAUUUCUAACCAACGACCUGCAACGGCAGAGCUGCUGCGAGCUUGAAGCGGACUGUUCAGAACGUAAUAUAGUCAUUUCUGGACCCCCUCGUGGAAGUCAGGCAAGUUUCUUGCAAAAUCCUGGCCUUCGUUUCAUAUGGCAGGAGGAAAUGAACCGCCGCGGUGGUGUUUACAAUCAGCCAGAAGAAUUGGCCGCCACUAGAUCUCUGGCUCAGCGCUUUACUCGUUUUGUCGAUAUUCUGAACGAUAUUGGAAAGAAGGAAGAAGAGGUCGGGCAGCUACUUCGUGACGGCAGUGAGGAUUCGUUGUCGAACCUAUCUGACGAUGUGCUGAAUUCUCCUGAAGCUGUUUCUGAUGUUGAAUAUGCAGCCGAGGACGCUGCUAACGACGAGCUCGAGCACAUGGAAAUGUCGCAGCAAGUGGAGUGUUUGACAACAGAAUUUGAUGAAUUUUCAGAUAGCGAAAUAGAUUUCGAAGUAUGUCAGGUUGAUGGCCCUCCCGGCUCACGAAGUCGGCGGAAAGUGCCGCUACGAAAGUUUAUAUCCGAAGAUUCGUUUGACGGCAGUCAGAGUGUCAGCGUUCGGAAAGAGCCAUUGGAGCCUGAAUCUACGGAGAAGUUACCCGUGGGUCAGAUAACGAAGCAAGAUUUUUCAGUUGCCCAUGACAAAGGUCCUGUGAAUCCAUUCGUGGCAACCGUGGAAACGCAAAAGGUGCUUCAGAAUACUCCCCUGAAUGAUUACUAUAGCCACACAAUGACCUCACCGCAAGUGCUCCUGAAAGCGUCAAAAAGUUACUUUGAAGAGAAUUAUAAUUCUCUUACCUUUUUUACUCCGCCGCAGAUUCCGCCAACCGCCGCUGCUGCACUUGCGCUGUUCGAUUCACGCCAGAAAAUUUCCAGCAAAAGCGACGCAGUUGUUCAGGGCCAAAAUCAAGACUCUCACACUGUAGCGAACGUUUCUGCUUCCAUUCUUUCUUUACCAAGCACUCCCGGAGCCGUCGUUGCUGAUUCUUUCUCUGCCACUUCAGAAAACCUUGCCUUUCUUCCGAUGACAGGAAUCACGGAGCGGAACGAAGAACUGACAGACGGCAUGUAUGAUCCAAACGACUGUCACGAAAACAACCAUAACCCUUCUGUCGCCAUUCAGUCGCAGUUCGACAGCUCUCCAGACAGUGCCUAUGAUCAUCUGGAAUCUGCCACGUUCUAUAUUCGUCCUAAAGCGCAUUUUUUAUCGACGCCAGGUGAAUCUUCCCAGAUUGAAGGGCCGGAAAUGUGCAAUUCGAUGGGCAUGCUGCUGAGUAACACGGAUCUCGCCGAGGUUGAAACUUCAGAUGAGUGCCUUCAUUUGCAUGUGAUGAGCAUGGAAUUGCAUGCGAAGACUCGCGGUGACCUCCGACCUGAUCCACAAUACGACGCGAUAAUGGCCAUCUUUUACGCUGUCUACUCUGUCGAUUUUCACGAGCAAAUCCACUGCGGUUGGCUUACCGUCGAUCUCAGCAGCCGUCGAAAGCCGUUUCAACCAAACAUGGUGCGAGUUUUAAUUUUCGAACUUUUCAAAGGUGCUUUAGUGGAAAUUUUGGGUAAUUUCUUCUGCGGUAAGACAGACGAAAGAAAACGUAAAAGUUAUUUUGCUUUUUGGCAUAAAUAAAA